UCGACAGGGCUCAGUGGAGGCCCGGCCGGGAUCAUGGGCACGGCGGGCGGUGCUGCUCUGCGGCUGCCGGGGCUGCACGGCUACGCGGUGGAAUUCUCGCCCUACUGGCCAGGACGCGUGGCUUGCGCCGCCGCGCAGUACUACGGCAUCGCAGGCUGUGGGACUCUGGCAGUGCUGGAACAAAAUGAAGCUGGCAUUGCUCUGCUCAGAAGUUUUGACUGGAAUGAUGGCCUGUUUGAUGUGACCUGGAGUGAGAAUAAUGAGCAUGUGUUGAUCACUUCUAGUGGAGAUGGAUCUCUGCAAAUCUGGGAUACAGCUAAAGCCAAAGGUCCGCUGCAAGUCUAUAAAGAGCACACUCAGGAGGCAUAUAGUGUUGACUGGAGCCAAACUAGAGGAGAGCAGCUAGUGGUGUCUGGUUCAUGGGAUCAAACAGCGAAGCUGUGGGAUCCAGCUGUGGGGAAGUCAUUAUGCACUUUUAAAGGCCACGAAGGUGUCAUUUACAGCACUAUAUGGUCUCCACACAUCCCAGGUUGUUUUGCAUCUUCAUCAGGGGACCAGACUGUAAGAGUCUGGGAUGUGAAAGCCCCACGAGUCAAACUUGUGAUACCGGCCCACCAGGCUGAGAUUUUGAGCUGUGACUGGUGCAAAUAUGAUGAGAACUUGCUGGUAACUGGUGCAGUUGACUGUAGCUUGAAGGGCUGGGAUUUGCGGAACAUCCGGCAACCAGUGUUCAUCUUGCUUGGUCAUACCUAUGCUAUCAGAAGAGUAAAAUUUUCACCAUUCCAUGCAACCUUAUUGGCCUCUUGCUCCUAUGAUUUUACUGUGAGAUUCUGGGACUUUUCCAAGCCUAACCCUUUGCUGGAAACAGUUGAGCAUCAUACUGAAUUUACAUGUGGACUGGACUUAAGUCUUCACAACCGUGGUCAGGUUGUGGACUGUGCUUGGGACGAACUAGUCAAGAUCUAUACUCCAUCAUGUCUGGCAGUUCCUGUUUAGAGAAAAAGUGAAGAACACACCAGGAACAUUUAUUUCUUGACCCACAACCAGACUUGUGCUGAAGUGUCAACUGUGUCACUAAUCUUAGUGUCUCUUUUCAAGUAAAACUCUGCUUGAAUGGAGUGUUGUGCACUUAAGCAUGUGGAGAUACCAGGACUUGGGUUACUGCACAGGAGCCAGCAAAAAUGAAUGGCCAAAGAGUGGCUGUAGCAGACACAAGCAGGUGUCUUUAAAGUAAAAUCACACAAUUUUGUUAUCUCUCUGGCUAAUGAUGGGAGCAGAGGCCUGAAUCUUCUUGAUCCUUAUGCAGUUUAAAACUAACUGAUAGUGUAUUUUGAGAUAAUGGUGCUGUGGAAAAGAAAAAAGCGGCUUUUCAUGGUCAAGUACUGUAAUGUCAACUGAGAUUUGUAUCACUCAGAUGCAUUUAUAUUUUUAUGUUUUGCUGUGACUCACAUUGUAUUAUUUUCUUGUGCAAUAUGAAGAAUACUUUUGAUAAAGAGGAAAUGUCAUAGUUUAUAGCCAGCUGAUUUGUUUGACCGUUGUGAUGGCUGCUUCACAAAGAUAGUAAAGAUUAUUUUCAUAUUUU